UUGAUAAAGCUUUGCUUCUCUUCUCCGAAAUGCAUAGAGAUUCAAAUGUGGUACCCACUGUAGCUGUUUACAAUUCUUUGAUCAAUGGACUUUGCAAUUCAGGCCGGUUGAAUGAGGCAAAGAGAGUCUUUGACGAGAUGGUUAGUAGAGGAAUCUCUGCCGAUGUAACUACAUAUAAUUGUAUGAUUGAUGGUCAUUGCCGGCAUGCUCAAUGGGAAGAAGCAAGAAGAUAUUUUGAUGAGAUGCUGGAUCGGGGGGUUUCACCAGAUACAGUAACCUUUAAUAUAUUAAUAGAUGCACAUUGUAAAGAUGGGAUGACAGAAGAUGCUUGGGGGUUAUUUAAACUGAUGGACAAGUUAAACAUAAAAGCUGACCAGAUUACUUAUAACUCAAUGAUCGAUGGUCUAUGUUUGACAGGUCGGCUGCAAGAAGCGGUGAAACUGUUUGACUCCAUGAUGGAUAGAGGCCUUCAACCGGAUGUUGUCAGUUGCAAUAUAUUAAUUGGUGGGUACCACAAGAAUCGUAAGUUGGAUGAAGCUAUGCAACUAUUCAAGAAAAUGAAACAAAAUGGAUUGAAACCCGAAAUAGUUACUUACAAUAUAUUAUUAGCAGGACUAUACCGAGACGGAAGAAUGAAGACUGCAAAGAGUUUGUUUAAUGAGAUGCAAACUCUCGGUGUAUCUCCAAAUAUUGUCACAUACGGUGCAAUGUUGGACGGGUACUGCAAGAAUGGAUACAUUGAGAGAGCAAUAGAACUGUUUGAAUCCAUGGAGGAUACUGGUAUCUUAGCUAAUGUUCAUAUAUACAAUAUUCUUAUUCAUGGUUUGUUCAAGGCUGGCAAGUUAGAAGAUGCAAGUAAAAUGUUUAUUGAGAUUCCGAAAAAGGGAUUAGAGCCUGAUGCAGUAACAUAUACCACAAUGGUCAAUGGCCUCUUUCGAAGCAAGAUGUUACUCGAGGCUAACAAAUUAAUCAUUGAAAUGAAAGAUAAGGGUUGCUUACGAGAUGCUAGAGCAUUUGAUACCAUUAUCAAGGGUUUUCUUAUAGAAAAGGAAACUGUCAAGGCAUUGGAAUUUUUCCAGAAGAUGCGUGAAAGAAAAUUUGCACCAAGUGAUUCUGUUAGCUGUUUGUUAGUGAACACUCUCUCUGCAGAUGAGUUAAAAAAUCUCUAGUAUUGUAAUUGCUUAGGUAACAGCGAAAAUCUGAAUCUCUAUCAAGUUUCAACAUAUUUAGAUGAAUAUUGUUUCUUCA